GAGACCCCUCCUCACCUCGUGGACGCUUCAGUCUUGUGUUCAGAGAGUCAACAUGGAGGUCUGUGCUCUUAACAUCAGGCUGUUGAUCUGUGUGUUAUUCCUGUUGGGUGCACAUGUUCAAGAUGUGGAUUCACUGAUUCUCCGUCUUGAACCAAACAGACUGCAGUUCUUUGAAUACGAGUCUCUGAUCUUCCAUUGUGAGGGCUCUCAUGACUCGACUGGAUUGAAAAUUGUACAUCGGUCCAAAGGGGAAUUACUCAAAUGUAACACUACAGUGACAUCAAAAAGGUCAUCCUGCACUAUUCCUAAUAUUUUUCCAGAGGACAGUGGGCAAUACUGGUGUGAGUCCGGAGAUAGGAACAGAAGCGACAUCAUCCACAUCAAUGUUACUGCUGAUCCUGUGAUCCUGGAGAGUCCCAUCAGUGUGGUGGAGGGAGAGACUGUGACUCUGCGCUGCAGACGCAAGACGACCUCUACCAAUCUCUCAGCUGAUUUCUACAAAGACGGCCGCCUUAUCAGAAGAAGCUCUACAGGAAACAUGAGAAUCCCCAGUGUUUCCAAACAUGAUGAAGGAUUCUACAAGUGUAUCUCUGGAGGAAGAGAAUCAGCCAAGAGUCUGAUGGCUGUCCAAGAGUCACACCAAGAGAGUCGUGCGUCCUCAGAUCUUCCGUUGAUCAUCUUCAGAAACGUUCUUCCUGUAGUAAUGAUGGCUUUGCUGCUGGUGCUGCUGGGAUGGUUCCACUGUGGGAAACUCUGAGGUAAACCCACAGGUAAACAACAACACCUCGUGCACUCAAAUCGAGAUGGAGAUACUGAAAUAAAGGAUACGACAGGAUGAACGACAAAGACAGACAUUUUCUCCAAAGUCUUGUUUGGUUGCCAGAAAUGAAGAGCAUCCCAUAAUGCUUCAUUCAGCUACUCAGCUGCUGUCUUCCAUGUGUUACAGUGCACCUUGUUCAUUAUAUGUAAUGAUGAUCCACUUAAAUUCAGUGCAUGUUGUGCAAACCAAUGAAAACAUUUUUAAUCAGCUUAAAGAAUCCAAUCCAUAGAAAUGUUUUGACAUGAGCAGAUCAAAGAAAAUGGCAGCACUUCCUGUUUGACAUGUUUCACAUAUUUAAUUCACUUGUUGAUGAAUGUUCAACACAUGUUCGUUCUUCUUCUGUAUAAGGACGUGACGAUAUCACAAGUCAAAUCAUGCUGUGCACAGUUUGUUUCAGUGUCUUUCUAUAUUUAAUAUUCACAUCUGAGAGCACGUCUUCUCUCACCCUGACCCACGAGCCACAACUCAUCUCAGCGUUAUUUAUAGAGCACCUGUCAUACGUAAAGUCUGUGAGCCCAUAAUGUUUGUGUGAACACCGUCACUGUUAAAAAAGGACCCGAGAUUAAAAUUGUCUUUAAAACCCAAAUCAUGUGCUGCCCAAGCAAUCAGCACGUGCAGCUCAGAGCUUCACUUCCUGCUCAUAUCUACAUAAAAUAUCGACCUAUUAUACGAACAUUUGUGAUGGUAACAUGAACUUUUCAACUGUAAUAUUCCACUGAAUGUUUUUAGAUCAACAACAAUACAAAACAUGUCUGCCUCUCUGUAACAGCAGUUCACAUUUUUAUUAAAGAUGUGUGAUGGAA